AUGUUUCGUGAUGUGCCUGGGUCUAGCAAAAUCUUGGAGAGAUAUAGGAAACUAAAUGCUUCGGGGUUUCGUCCCUUAACUCUUGAAAUGCAAGCAAUUAUAGCUGAGCCAGAAAAACCCAAGAAGGUGGGACAAAAAGAACAACCCAUUUAUAAUGAGGAGGAAGGGUCUGCUCGUAACAAAGAUGUAAUAUCAAAUCCUAAGUUAACUCAAACUAAUAAUGCUUUUGUUUCAUCUCCUCCUCCUUCUCCUAAAACCACCACUACAACAAUCACCGUUGCACCAUGCCCUCCACCUGGUUCAUCUCAACCUCAAAGCACCAUUCCCUUAUCUACACCUUUAUACACUGAUUCCACUGUUCCUCCAACAAAUUAA